GAAGCUGAGACAGAUGUUUGAUGUAGAAUCAGUAUAUUGUAUGCUGAAUUUUUCUACAAUAAGCUUAUAAAGGGAUUUGUGUCCUGAAGACCCGGGUGUGUUGAAGCAGAGGCUGAAGAGCAAGCAGUAGACUUUUCACUUAGUUGAAAGAGACUUUGUUGAGCUUGUCCAUCUGCCUUGAUACAAAAUGAAGAAAAUAAGGAAAGUGUAUCAGAAAACUUAAACCUAUUUAGACUUAUUUUUUGGCAUAACUACUUCAAGAUGUGUUCUCUGUCUGACAACAAGGCUAUCUAGAUAAAAGCCAAAUCUGGGGUUGUCAUGGUGACUAAACAAAAACCAACCAAAAGAACAAAACCCCAGCGUAAUUGCAGAUCAACGGAGGCAGCAAGUAUCUAACUAAGCCAUGCUUUCAGCUUUUGAAUUUUGGGUCUGGCAGCAUGCUAGUUGCACAAACUUGAAAAGAAACUUGAAAAUUUCGUGAUGUACCAGGGUAGAACCUGGUUACCCAGUGAGAAGCCUGAACUUUAAGUGGGACAUUUUCAUUUGGGGAAAAGACAGUAGUGCUGGCAGAGAUUGUGAGCUUGUAUUACAUAGAAAAAAAAAAUCUUAAAUCCAUACUUGGAGGAUCACUUCUCAUUUUAUCAUAGGAAUAUAUAUAGGAAUGCCUAGAGGCUAAAUUGCAAUACCUAUAACUGUCAGAAUUAAUUUCAUAAUGCAGAGAUGAUCAUAAGUAUUGGGUUUCAGCAUAUGCGUAGAUACGGUAUUAGGUAUGUUUUAGAAACAAUAUUUAAACCUAUGAUGUUGUAUUUGUAUAAAAGUUCUAUUAAAACCUUGAAAAUACUGACAUUGAAAAAUCAAAUUCCAAGCUGCUUGGUGGGUUGGCAGAGCAUUUAUUUCGUCAUCCAGGCAGAGCAGUUACUUAAAAUAUUAAGCAGCUCCUGUAUAUAGAGGAUAAAUAGGAAACUGGAAAGGUACUUUUUAGCAUAAAUACUUGUGUAUGAUGGUGGUGAGAAAAAUGUUGGGCAGAUAUUUUAUCCACAGAAGAAUAAAAAUAAGAUUAUCAGUGAAAUUUUAUGUUAGUGACACCUGGUAACUUAGAACAAUGUAUCAUUUUGUUAAAGCUAUGUUUGAUACACAGUGUGUUAGUAAUAAUUGUUUGAGUUUUAAUUGUUCAGAACUCCCAGCUGUUGUGGGCAUGUCACCUUAAUUUUCUUUUGUGAUUUUGUUUCAUUAAGAGACCCUAACAAAAUACAUUAUUGAGGUUUCUUGUUUUUUGCACUGGAAUCUACAGCUCUUGAAUUCAUUUUCUGUUUUGAAUCCCACUAAUUUCAGCAACCAUAUUAGUGGAUAGGCUGGAGCUUAUAAUAAUGCAUCCCAGUGGAGGACUGAGACUUGUUUUAAACAGCUGGGUGUAUAUAUUACAUUAUUACACUGUAAUAGCACUCUAACAUGCUUUGCGUUUAAAGGUGCAUCACUAAGCAGAAACUGCAUGGUCAAUGUUAAAUGUAUUUGUACACAUUGUAUAAAUGUGUAUGUUGCCAUUCCUGCAUGUGUCUGUUGUUACUUAAGAGAAUUUUACAAACCCAUAUUAUACAGCUGUGUUGUAUGCCAGUGGGAGCCAGAUCUUUUGGUAUGAUGACGUAUGAACUUCUUUUGGUUUAUUUAUAUAGCGUCCAGAUAUGUGCUAGGCGCUUUACAGAUAUGAGAAGCAUCCUAUCCCAAGUACUUUAGCUGGUGGCCCUGAUCUUUCAAUGUUUGUUGCCUCCAGAAGCACACAAAAUGGUUAAAGAAGCUAAUGUCAAACAAGCUGCAGCAGAAAAACAGUUAAAAGAAGCACAGGGAAAGAUUGAUGUUCUCCAGGCUGAAGUAGCAGCAUUGAAAACACUAGUUCUGUCUACUUCACCAACAUCUCCAACUAAAGAGUUUCAGUCUGCUGGAAAAACGCCUUUUAAGAAAGGCCAUGCGAGAAACAAAAGUACAAGCAGUGCUAUGGGUGGCAGUCAUCAGGACCUUACCAUGAUGCAACCAAUUGUGAAAGACUGUAAAGAGGCUGACCUAUCUUUGUACAAUGAAUUCAGAUCUUGGAAGGAUGAGCCUACUAUGGACCGAACAUGUCCUUUCUUGGACAAAAUUUAUCGGGAAGAUAUUUUUCCAUGUUUAACUUUCUCAAAAAGUGAGUUGGCCUCAGCUGUUCUGGAAGCUGUGGAAAACAACACUCUGAGUAUUGAACCUGUUGGCUUGCAACCUGUUCGAUUUGUGAAAGCUUCUGCAGUUGAAUGUGGGGGACCAAAGAAAUGUGCUCUCAGUGGACAAAGUAAGUCAUGCAAGCAUAGAAUCAAAUUAGGAGAUUCAAGCAGUUAUUACUACAUUUCUCCGUUCUGUCGUUACAGGAUCACUUCUGUGUGUAACUUCUUUACAUAUAUUCGAUACAUCCAGCAAGGGCUGUUGAAGCAGCAAGAUGUGGAUCAGAUGUUCUGGGAAGUGAUGCAGCUGAGAAGAGAGAUGUCACUAGCAAAACUUGGCUUUUACAAGGAAGAGCUCUAAAUCUUUUAGCUCUUGCGCAUGCAUGAACUUCAUUGAAUAUACAUAAUUAAAAUUGCUGAAUCUUCUUUUGUCACUUGAUAUUUAUUUCCACAAAGUGGGUCCAAGAUCUUUCUCCUUCUGCAGAUUGCACUAAGAAGUACUGUGAUCGUUUUAAACUGACCUAUGCUGUAUAUGCGUACAUAUAAUAUUUAGUUGAACAAAUGUGGUAAGCACUUGCGGGUGUAUUAGUGAUUGUAAUUUACAUUUAAAAACAAAACUUCUGAUUAAAGUGUUAGUCUGAA